AUGACUCGUUGUAUCAAUGGCCAAACUAUUCUGGAAGAGAAUUAUGAUCCUGAAUAUAACCCAUCUUUAGACGAACUACAUGAUUAUGCAAGUAUCCUUGGAAUAGAUCCGAACUUGGAAGCAGAUUUGAUGCACAUAGCUAGAGAGGGCAUUAAUACGCCCUUACCUAAGAAUUGGAAGGCAUGUCAAGACACCAGCGGUGAUAUAUACUACUUCAAUUUUGCAAAUGGUAAGUCUAUUUGGGAUCAUCCCUGCGAUGAAUACUAUCGAGAACGAGUCUUUGCCGAACGGAAGCGUUUGGCUCUUCUCAAGAACUCUGCCGCUUCCGUCGAGGCCUCGGAUCUGGCCACAAACAAUGGUAAAAUUAAAUCUAAUGGUUCAAACAAGCCCACUAUCUCUCCGUACCCGUUGCAUAAACAUUCGGAUAAUCAGUUUGGAGGUGGUGUAAGAGAAUUUGUAAAUCCUACGAACGAAUCAGAGAAUUGCUCAGCUCUGGGAUCCGCGGAUCAGCAGAAUUUGAACUCUACGUUAAUCUCGGGUAAUCCUAUAAUACAGAAGGCCAGCUCCUUGAAUAAAGCAACUAAACAAACCCCGGAGAUGGCCAGACCAGCAAGCCAUGAUAGCAGUCCAGUUGGG